UUCAGUUUCCGACAUACUGAGCUGCUGUGAGUAUCAUAUUUGAAAACUGUCGUGUGCAUACAAUUGAAGAAGAGAAAAAGAAGAAGAAGAAGAGAAUAAAAAACAUUAUAAUUCAACCGUAUAUACAAUUUGCUCGUAGUGUGUCCCUUUCUCCCCCAGCUGAAUUCUAUUUAGUUUUCAUCCUAUUCUGUUUCAUUCGUUUGAAACUUUUUGGUUGUGUGCAACCAGCGUUAUAGAGAGAAAAAAACCUCAAAAGAGAAGUGGAAUAUUUUUUGGUUCGUGUUUUGGGAAAAUUGCAAAAAUUCACUAAUAUCAAGUGAAAAAUAUUAAAAACGUUUAUGUGAAAAACAUUUAUUAAAUUAUUGGCUAUCGAUUGGUGAUUUUUUAAACGAUCGAUGGUAAUGAAUAAUUCGGAAAAAUUGUGAUUUUGUUGGCAAUGCUACUAACAUGAAUGAAGGUGAAUCAGCAGGAGAGAGACCAAAUAUUGGUUUCACUCCUGCUGUAGUAAACCGCAGAUCGAUUCCGAAUCCAAGUGCUAGCUUAGUAGUUUCGAAUUCCCAUAUUGGUCCUUCUGCGGUGCCAAUAUCUCAAAUGUCUCAAUUACCUGAGAGCACGGAAGGUACGUGCAUUGAAAAAGAACCGAAAAUACGUGCGCUGCCGGGUAAGCACGGUAAAUUCCUGCUUUCUCCGUCGCGAGCCGAUUCACAAAUACGGGACAUUACCAGCAGUAUAUGUAUAAACAGCGGCGGAAACAAUAGCAGUAUAGCAACCACAUCGAUUGUCCGAAGUGGGAAGGUAGACGAGAGCAGCGGUUUUCUGACAUCUUCACAACAAUAUUCCAGUCUUCAACAGACAAAACGACAAAUGAGAACGCAAAAUGCAUUCGUUAGCAGCAGCAGCAGUAGUAAUAGUGUAUCGAACAAUUGUGAUUCAAAAAGUUUGAAUGAAGUAACGAAAACGGUCACGUCGCAAACAGGAGUGCUAGCAAUAAUAGAAAGCACAGAAACAACAAAACCCGUCUCAAAUACAUUAACGCCAUUAAAAACCAGUGUAACGUCUGAUUCGUCUACCGUGGGUACAAUUACUAUUCAUCAGCAGCAACAAUUACUCGCGAAAAAGCGCAGUGCCCAAGUGCUGGGUACAGAUGCCGACAGUAUUAGCCAAAUUAAGAAACGAAACCUUAAUCAUCGACUGCUUCGGUUGAAGCAAAUCAAAGAGAAUCAUGCGGAUAAUGUUGCCGAAAUUUAUUUUCUUCAAACCGGCGGUAGUAUGAUGGAUUAUCACACGUGGCGUCGAAGGGCGAUGACAGCGGAAUUUGCAAGUUUCAUGAAGCAAUAUCGCUUGGAUCCGAACAGUGCCGAAACAACAUCGGCCAGCAUCACAACAACCACACUAAGUACAUCAACAGCAUCACCAACAAUACAAACCGUUGGUCAGCAAAUCCAUUCACAGAAUGCAACUCAAACUCAACCACCGCCACUCAUAUCAACGAAUUCACCACACGGCGUCGAAAUCAAAAUUCCAGGCGUUGGUGUUACACCGGUCGCAAUCUCAACCACAUUACCAGCGGCCGUAGUGCAGCUUAGUCAAUUAGGUGGAACACCGUUAGUACCUGAUACGCCAAAACGAAGUAUAGCCGAAACAAAGAAAACAUAUUCAUUGUCAACGCCUACGAAUACUCAACAAACAACAAACGCUACUGCUGGUAGUAGCAAUGGGCCACAGGAACAAUUUAUGAAGGUACGUCAAGAGGCAUCUGUCAUGCAGAGGAUAUCGGAAUUGCAGCGUGAAGGAUUGUGGACAGAAAAACGUUUGCCAAAGUUACAAGAGCCACAACGACCCAAAGCGCACUGGGAUUAUUUGCUCGAAGAAAUGGUUUGGCUAGCUGCCGACUUUGCCCAAGAACGAAAAUGGAAAAAAGCGGCUGCUAAAAAAUGCGCGCGUAUGGUACAAAAGUAUUUUAGCGAUAAAGCAUUGGCAGCACAAAAAGCCGAAAAGGCCAAGGAGCUGCAAUUGAAACGUAUCGCCGGCUUCAUUGCGAAGGAAAUCAAAAUCUUUUGGUCGAAUGUCGAAAAAUUAGUGGAGUUCAAACAAGAGACUAAAAUAAAAGAGAAACGGAAAAAAGCGUUGGAUCAGCAUUUAAGUUUUAUUGUUGAUCAAACGGAAAAAUAUUCACAACAACUGGCUGUCGGUAUGAAUAAAUCUCUUACCGACACUGCCAACACAUCCACCGCCGUUAGUCUUAACUCCAGCCGAAGAUCAUCACCACGAAGAGAUGUAGCAUCAGACGACGAGUUUUUGCCUGGGAAUGCAUUAUCCGAUGAUGACGAAGAAACUAUUGCCAAAGAAGAGGAAGAACAAGCAACCGAUACAAAAGCCGAAAUAGCCGCCUUAAAAAAAGAAUCCGAAAUGGAUUUGGACGAUUUAGACUUUUUAUCCGAUUACUUGAAAAAUCGCGAUAAAAUAAUUUUGUGCGAAGUUGAGAAUGACGAUGAUGAUACAAAUCAGGAGGCACCAAAACGUUUGGCAUCCAGAAGACGUGGAAAUAUCACUGAACUUAAGGCUGAGGAAGAAUCAAAUGAAGCGAGCAGCAAGCGUUACACUUCGAAACGAAAAAUCGAGCGUAUGGAACUGGACUCAGACGAUGAUUCGACAACCGUUGAGGACGACGAUGAAGACGAUGAUGAUGAGGACGAAGAUAGUGAAGAGUUCAGUGAUAAUGAUGGAGACGAAGAGAUGGUUGAUGAAGAAAACAAAGACUUUGGCUUGAAAAGCCUCCUGGAAGAGGAUGAAAAUAAGCAAUCUCAGGCGGAUAAAGAUGAUCUCAUAAACGAUGCUGCAGCAAUAGCUGAGAGCAUUCAGCCAAAAGGAAACACAUUAUCCUCAACAAAUGUCGUGACACCCGUACCAUUUUUACUGCGUCACACCUUACGUGAAUACCAGCAUAUCGGUCUAGAUUGGUUGGUGACAAUGCACGAUCGAAAAUUGAAUGGCAUCCUUGCCGAUGAAAUGGGUCUUGGAAAGACCAUUCAAACCAUCUCGUUGCUCGCGCAUUUGGCAUGUGUUAAAGGGAAUUGGGGACCUCAUUUGAUAGUGGUACCAUCAUCAGUGAUGCUCAAUUGGGAAAUGGAGUUUAAAAAGUGGUGUCCCGGUUUCAAGAUCUUGACAUACUAUGGCUCCCAAAAGGAACGUAAACAAAAGCGUAUUGGCUGGACGAAAGUGAACGCUUUUCAUGUGUGUAUCACUUCAUACAAAUUGGUUAUACAGGAUCAUCAAAGUUUCCGACGAAAAAAGUGGAAAUAUUUGAUUUUGGAUGAAGCUCAGAAUAUCAAAAAUUUCAAAUCACAGCGAUGGCAACUCCUAUUGAACUUCCAAACAGAACAACGUUUGCUAUUAACGGGCACACCAUUACAAAAUAACUUGAUGGAACUAUGGUCGUUAAUGCAUUUCUUGAUGCCACAUGUGUUCCAAUCGCAUCGCGAGUUCAAGGAGUGGUUCUCAAACCCAAUGACCGGCAUGAUUGAGGGUAAUUCUGAGUACAACGAUUCCAUUAUCAAACGUUUGCACAAGGUUUUGCGGCCAUUUUUGCUACGGAGGUUGAAGUGUGAAGUGGAGAAGCAAAUGCCGAAAAAGUAUGAACAUGUCGUAAUGUGUCGACUGUCGAAGCGUCAACGAUAUUUGUAUGACGAUUUCAUGAGCCGAGCAAAUACUCGUGAAACAUUGGCUUCCGGUAAUUUGUUGAGUGUUAUCAAUGUGUUGAUGCAGCUGCGAAAAGUAUGCAAUCAUCCGAAUAUGUUUGAAACACGACCAACGGUUUCGCCGUUUCGCAUGGAUGGCAUCAAUGUACAUACGGCGUCCAUCGUUUCAAAAAUCUGCGACUACGAUCCAUUCACUCAAAUCGACUUAAAUUCUUUGAACCUCGUGCUAGUUCAAUUGGAACAAUGUUUAAGUGCAUAUGUUGCGUAUUUUUCGCGAAAAACUCAAACACCGCGCAAACUAAUUGAAGAAAUUGAUACGGCACCUUUUCCGCCACCAAAGUGUCCAGAAGGUCAGUUUAAAAUGUUUAUGCGAAUUCGCGAAACAACUGUAUCCAACAACAUUAGUACGUACAGCACUGGGGUGAAGGUUGGCACAAGUCCUGCCAUGAAGACUGAAGGAACAAAAAUUAUCCCCGUUAACUUACUAGUUAGUACCAACAAUAGUAAUAGAAAUGCGACCUUAUCCGUUUGCAGCAAUAGUAUUAGAAGUGGUAGCCAAAUAAUAACACUGCCACCGUUAACCGCAUCGACUCCAAUGGGCCAAACGCAAACGAUUGUUGGUUUACGAAAGCGCAUCGAACCUAGUAUUCGAACGCCUGGCUCAACCGCAUCCAUGCAAAUUUUCCAAACGAGCAGUGGUCGUCAGCUCAUUUUAGCACCGGCUAAUAAUGGAACAACCAUGGUAACACCUACCGGCCAACGAUUAACAGUCGUUCGCAGCACAGCACUAACACCACAAACUCAACAGCCAAGAAUCGUCCGAUCAACAGCGAUAGCUAAACCAAUCGUCAAGGUAUCAUCACCAUCGAUGACUGCUUCCAGUAGCAAUAGCAGUAUUAGCAGUUCACUACAGCUGUCAACCACAUUGGCCAAACAAUUGAAAACCCAUUCGUAUGCGAUGGCAAGUGGUGUCGAGCCAAAAAUAGAUGCCGAACAAAAGGAGAAUACCGACGAUACCGAUUUAGAAUUUGGAAUCGUCGAAACGGAAGAGAUGCUGAAGAAACGGCGUAAACAUAAGCUACAAUUUUUGGCUAAAAUGAAUCGACGUCGAUGUUCUGCAACACCGAUGUACGGUUCAGAUCUCAGGGAAUCUGUGACAAAACUUCUCAAUGGCACCGCCGAUCGUCCGAAAUUCGUAUCAUGGCUAAGCACUGGUUACAUCAAUUGCAUGGAAGCAAUGUACAAUGAUGAAAACUGGAGCGUUAACAGUUGCAUUAAAACGAUUGUCCAGCGAACUGAUGAACUCAAUGAUAUUUUCAAGAAUUUUGUACUUUUUGUACCGAGAGUAUCGGCACCAAUGCCCACUCUUCAGCUAUCCCAUCCUCAUCCAUCAAAGCUCAACGAAGAGCGCGAACGAGAACGGAUCUUCACCACGGAAUUAUCACCAAAAAUGGCCCUACUUCAUCCGAUUGUGUCGGCCAUGUCAACACAAUUUCCAGAUCCACGGCUCAUUCAGUACGAUUGCGGGAAACUGCAAACACUCGAUCGUUUACUGCGUGAACUCAAAGACAAUCAACAUCGUGUGCUAAUUUUUACCCAAAUGACACGCAUGCUUGACGUACUCGAAGCAUUUCUCAAUUACCAUGGCCACAUCUACUUACGAUUGGAUGGCACAACGAAAGUCGAGCAGCGACAAAUUCUCAUGGACCGUUUCAACAAUGAUAAACGAAUUUUUGCAUUUAUUCUAUCAACACGUUCCGGCGGUGUUGGUAUUAAUUUGACCGGAGCUGAUACUGUGAUAUUUUAUGACUCGGACUGGAAUCCAACAAUGGAUGCACAAGCACAAGAUCGAUGCCAUCGAAUUGGCCAAACGCGUGACGUACAUAUCUAUCGUUUGGUCAGUGAGAAAACGAUCGAGGAAAACAUUCUGAAGAAAGCCAAUCAAAAGCGUCUACUUGGAGAUUUGGCUAUUGAAGGUGGUAACUUUACAACGGCGUACUUCAAGAGUUCAUCUAUCCAAGAUCUUUUCAAUGUUAAUAAUACCGAAGAGAAUGCAUCCGACCGAUUGGCCGAAGUAUUGGACAGAGAUCUGGAUCGACGAAGCCGAUUGCAAGAAAAUUUGGGUGCCAUACCAAAUACUUCAUCAUCGGCACCAAACACGACCACUGGAUCCGACGAUCGAUGCGCCCUUGGUGCAUUUGAAUCAGCACUUGCUGCCGCCGAAGAUGAGCAAGACGUACAAGCAGCUAAAACGGCCAGCGCUGAAGCGGCCGCGGAUUUGGCGGAAUUUGACGAAAGCAUUCCAAUCGACGACAUUGAAAACAAACCACCGGAGUUGAGCAAAGCUGAACAAGAGGUGGAAAAUCUCGUGAAACAGUUGAAUCCCAUUGAACUGUAUGCAAUGCGUUUCGUCGAGGAAACGGGAGGUUCUUGGACCGCUGAGCAGCUGCGCGCUGCUGAAGCAGAAAUCGAACAACAGAAACGUGAGUGGGAAGCAAAUCGUUUGGCUGCAAUUAAAAAGGAAGAAGAAGAUGAAAAACGGGCCGCCGACGAAGAUGAUAUGUUGACAUACUCACGCGAGGAUGCACAAAAUCAGAUAUGGAUUUCUGAUAACACGAUGGAACUUAUGCCGCUUUGGAGCCCGCCAACACCACCACAAGACGACUCUGACCUUUACAUUGACUAUUCAUUGUGCUUCCUAUACGAACAAGAGACAAUACCUGAAUCAGAAUUGCCACCGGUUUAUGUGAAAAAGGAAGUCAAACGCACUCGUACCGAUGCCGGUUUUCUCAUAGAUGGUCGACGUCCGAUCAAAAUUCGGAAAGAGGACAACUAUUUCCCUCCUCGCUCACUUUUUGAUCGACCGUCACCAGCGCUGGCAAAGUUGCGUCGUGAUCUAAAAACACAACGCUAUCGUGGGAAUUUCAAACCACUAAUUCAAAUUACAACCAUCAAACAACAACUACCGCAACCACAAACGACCACACAUCAGGUUACACAACAGCCAGCACAACCGGGUGCGCUGCAAACCACACAAGUUGCAGUCGGUGGGCCGCAAAAUUUGCAAACAAUUCAACCAUUGGCACAGAUUCAGACGAAACAACUCGUCGAACCAGAGAACAUGGCUGAGUGGGCGAUUUACGAGGACAUGGUCCUAUUGAAUAUAAUUCAAAAUAUGCAAGGGUUGCCAUUAAAUUUGAUGCUUCUCUCUCCCGGCCACACGCCCAAUUGGGAUUUGGUCGCAGAUGUUGUGAAUCAAACAUCACGUGUCUAUCGAACACCGAAACAAUGUCGUUACCGGUACGAAGCGGUCAUUGUGCCACGUGAAGAAGGAAAACUAAUUGAAAAUACCAAGAAACAACCAAAAAAAACAAAGAAUCCAUCUAAACCAUUGUCGCCACCAAAAGCGAUUCGUGCAUUACGAACAUCACAAUUGUUUAUUAAUGAUAAUAAUAAUUCAUUUACCAAAUUGAUGAAAACAAAUUUCGAUUUCAUCAAAGCGGCUUACAUGAAAAAAGCGCCACAGCUCAAACAGAUUUUGGUCAAUCCAUCGAUGAAGAAUCCAAAACAUGCCGCCGUUCUGGCUGAAUUUGGGGUUACAAACUACGAUCAACCGUUAAGUCCGGUCGAAAUAGCCGCACGACGAGCCGAAAAAAUGAAAGAACGCAACCGAACUGUUGGUGUUCUACAACAGCAACAAGUUCAAUCGCAAACAGCUCAACAGCCAACACAGCAACUGCAAAUACAAACGGCUCAAACUCAACAGGUGCAAGGAACUAAAAUAACAGCCCACAUACCAGCCACAGCGGCUAGCCAACAACAACAACAACAACAACAGCAGCAGCAGCAGCAACAACAACAACAACAGCAGCAGCAACAGCAACAACAACAACAACAACAACAACAGUUGAUACAGCUACAACAACAAGUUCCUGGAAGCGUAACACAAGUUUUACCUUCGGUGGCAACCAUUGUUCAAGCCCAUUCUAUUCAAGCUUCACGCGCUGGAAAUCACCAGCAAUCUCAGCAAAUUGUGAAAGUGGUGACUGCUUCGCCGCAAUCAACAAAUAUCAUGAAUGCUGUACAGCACGUUCCCAUUUCACAGGCCCAACAACAAUUGCCACAGCAAACUCAACAUCACAUUCAACAACAGCAGCAGCAACAACAACAACAACAACAACAACAGCAACAACAGACUCAAGUUCAAACUCAAGCCACUCAGUCAGUGCAGCCGCAAACUACGCAGCAAAUUCCCCAACUUCAUCCUGUACAGCAGCAACAACAGCAAAUACAAUCGUCUCAAUCUCAACUUGCGAUUGUAUCGAUCCAACAGACUGUUAUGCCAACGACUUCAACAGUUGUCAGUCAACCGAAUCAGCAAAAUGUAACACCAACACCAAGUACAGGGCAAAUUGUUCAAUCGCUUCCAGCGCAAGUAGCAACGUCGCAAGUGGUAUCAGUGUCGCAGUUAACCGGUGUCGGAACGGUGUUCACAACAUCUGGAUUACCAUCAAAUGCAACGACCUCAUCAUUGCGUGCCCAAAGAAUUGUAACUGCGCCCGGAAUACCGGAGAUUCAGUUCAGUCCACGAACUGGUACACAAACAUCGGCCGUUGUAUCGGUGAGUGGUUUGACCGCUCAAAAUUUGACUUCAACGCAAAUUCAAGCAAGCCAAUUGCGUUUAUCAAUGGGCGCAAAUCAACAAGUUUCCGGUGUUGUUACAAAAGGUGGUAUUCCAAUGAUUGGAGCCAUUACAGCCACUGGUAAACCGAUCACACAGCCCGCACAAUUCCAAAUCGUUCGUCAGAAUCCAUCGAGACAACAGUUCAAAGUACUGAAUACGGCCCAGGGUAACACCGUUCUACAAACAGUUGGCGGUCAAGUGAGCGUUGUUAACCAAUCGGGGGCAAUUAUUCAAGGUGGUAUUGUAGCGACAGGAACAAAUGUCGGCCAAACUAUUCAAUUGCAGCCAUCAACCGGGCAGAAAGUAUCACUUGCAACUGUUUCGGGUGUUACAGGCAGUCCUGGAUUAGCUACAAAUGUUGCUUCCGUUGCCACCGUCCAAAUGAAUUCAGCUAACACAACAACACCACAGCGAACACAUUUCAUGGUCCAACCAAGACAACAAGUAAAACGACAAUUGGUCAAUCAAACGCAGGCCAAUCAAACAGCUACACAAGUGCAACAUACGCAAUCACCGCAGCAAUCGCAGUCGCCACAACAACAAGCUAAAACGCAGAUAUUGUCACCAUUCACACAUAGCAUUCAACCUCAAUCGGCUAGUGGAACUGGUCAACAACAAUACGCACUUGUAAAAACAUCAACUGGAAUGGCCGCCUCUUUGGCUCAAAUAAAAACGGCACAAAUCAAGGGAACCUUACCUGGCCGUAUGCAAUUACAACAAAUUCCCAUUGCACAGCAACAGCAACGAAAGAACGCAGCAAUAGCCUCCAGCAGUUCGAUCAAACCAUUCACGGGACCGAGUAGUACAACGGGUGCAGCAAAUGCAGCUGGAACAACAAAAACCACAUCCGUUGGUGGAACGCAACUGAUUGUGCAAAAUCCAAAAAAUUUGCAACAAUCAACGGUAACCGUGCAGCAAAUCAUACGACAGCAACCGAAUCAAAUUGUUUUGGGUAAACGAAUCAUUCCCGUGUCAGUGUCAUCGCAGAAUGCUCGUCAAACCAUACAGGUUGUAUCGGCCGCGUCAGCACAAGGUUUGGCCGCCGGAACAAUUCGAACGAAUAUGUCGAAUCCACCACAUACGAUAAAAGUGAGUGCGGGUACAACACCGCAACAGGCAAUCUUCAGUGUGUUGCAACAACAACAAAUGCAGCAACGACAGAAUGCAAAUCAAAACUUGCGUUUGCAAGCAUCGACCGGUUCCCUGGUAGCAGUAGCCGUUCAACCGACGCAACAGCAAACUACACAAUCGCAGGCAAAUCAAUCGACACCAACCCCAGCACAAACUUCAGCUGUUCAGCCACAACCACAAGUCGAGCAAACUACUCAAUCUCAUACACCAGCAACAACACCAAAACGUCGUUAAUUUGGCAUCAAAAACCUACUAACUUUAAGUCAAAAAUUGAAUUGGAUCAAUGAUCAAAUAAAUCAAUGCGAUGCAUAUUGAAACAGCAAAUGCGAAAUAAAUAUUUGCGAAACGGCAAAAUUCAAGAGAAAAACGAAGAAUUCUAAUUGGCAUAGUCAGGGAUCACUUUUCAUGCAUUUUUACCAUAAUCCGCAUUGCAAUGCGGUAAAAUACACUUUUUUAUUUGAAUUUAAACAAACCAUUAAUUUUAUAUUGUGUAAUUAAAAACGGAUGAAAGAAAAACUUUAAGAACAAUGAAAUUAUUUUCAAAUUUGAACAGAUCAUUCGAUUUACAGAAGAAAAUCAUGUUUUUUUACACAUUCGUUGAAAGAUAGAGAUGGAGGUAGUGAACAAUUGAGACAUCAAUUUCAAAAUAUAAUACUAUCAAGAUAAUAAAGAUUUAUUUAACUAUGGCCUGCGCUGCAGUGUGGACCCAUCCGGGCAUUUUCAUAAAUUGUUGCGUGCACAAUUAUCAUAUCAAAAAAUCAAUUUUCUCAUGUGAAUACAGUAAAAAAUUUACUUUUGAUUUGUUAAAUAAAAAAAACAAUUUCGGAAUCGACCAUCAAUACUUACCAAGUUGAACAUCUCUGCUUAGAAAAAAUGCUGUAUAAUGUUUUCAAUUUUGACGAGAUAUUCGAAAAAAUAUGGCUAGGUUGAAAUCAUGAAAUACAAUGACAAAUUUCCUCUGAGUCGUCGAAUCAUAAUUGAUCGAUUUUUAUGAUGAACCGAAUAUAAAUCUCAGAAAUGCUUUCUAUUUUUUGGCUUUAAUAACUACAUCUAACAAAUUCUGCAAAUUUUCAUCGCUAAAAAUGAAAAACAAGGCGCAUAAUAAAAAAAAAUUAUUCAGCUAAGAAGAUGUUAAAAGUAGUGCGGGAGUCUAGAUUUUUACUAGAAUCUAUCGGCCGUAUAGGAAUAGUGAAACGUUAUAUGUAAUUAAACUAAUUUACAUAAGUAUUUAGCUGUAUUAUGUAUUGUAAAUAAAUGAAAAAAGUCAAUAAAAAAUAAUGAAAUUGAA